AUGUAUAAAGUUUCACACAAAUUAGGAGAACCUUUUGGUUGGGCGUUGACGGGAAAGUGCGCGAGCUACUCCACCAACGAUGGCACGUCGUUUCUUGAUUCUCCUGUACCGAAGACUUAUGGAGUGGCUCAUCAUCAGACCAGUUUAGGGGUUUCUGCUUCGUCUGAGGGUAAUGGAAUAGACAACAAUUCGGUCAUGAUCAAGAAGCUUAGUCACAAUGCUAAUGAGCGUUACCGUCGCAAGCAGAUGAACUCUUUGUUCUCAACUCUUUGUUCAUGUCUUCCUGCUUCUUAUCAACUGAAUAAGUUAAGCAUUCCUCAGACGGUUUUGCGGACCGUGAAGUACAUACCGGAUCUGCAAGAGCAAGUGAAGAAGCUAACCCAGAAGAAGGAAGACCUAUUGGUGCGAGCAUUGGGUCAAAGAGACAUGGAAAGUUACGUUAAGCAGCAUCCACAAGCGGUUGCUAGUUAUGUCUCCACCGUUUUUGCGACUAAGAAUGGAGACAACGAAGUGAUGGUCCAAAUCUCAUCGUCCACGAUUCAUAAGUUUUCGAUAUAUAAUGUGUUGAGUGGAUUAGAAGAAGAUGGUUUUGUUGUUGUGGAUGUUUCAUCUUCGAGUUCUCGAGGAGAAAGGCUCUUCUACACUUUGCAUCUUCAAGUAGGCAAGACUGAUAGUAACAAGAUAAUUUGCGAGGAGUUAAGUCAAAAGAUAUUGUACUUGUAUGAAGAAUGUGGAAACUCGUUCAGAUGAUAUUUUGUGCUAGCUUGGUUCUUUUAGUUAUGUUGUCCUUUUUAAUUAUUCAGAAAUCUUCUUGGCCGAUUUGUUGUAGUCGAGUUGCUCUAUUUUGGCCGAAGUUAGUGGUCGACUACUAAUAGAAUUGCUACUGCGUUCAUGCUAGAGAUAAAGUAGAAAGCAAAAUUAAGGUAUGUCCAUCAUUGAACCGACCGGAGAAGGUAUAAACGACAUUUGUGUGUUCCCUGGAAGCGGGCUUAUGUUUCUGGCUGUAGACUCUAGCCUAAUAUCAUCUUACUUCAUACCUGACCUUAGUCCUGCCCCCAAAUGUGUUCUCUUUUUGAAAACCUAACGGUAUACUAAUCUGAUUCAAAAUGUUUCUAUCGUUCCGGUCGUGUGACCAUUUUUACUAACACUUCUUUGUUGACAUCGUGUUAUCAGGAAGAGAUGGAGGAAACUGGACUGUUCAUCGGCAGCCUCGUCCCCCUCCACCACGUCCACUUCCUCCUCUACCCCGGGAACCGCCACCAAUCAUAAAUGUUGCUCUCAGAGGAUAUUUUAUAUUAGUUUGGGAAAAAUGUGGGUCAAUUAAGAGAAUUUUGGAAAAUUUUAUUAAGAUUUACAAUUUUGGAAUAUUCUGACCUGUUCUUGAAAUGUUUUUAGGCUGAUGUCUGAAUUACAGCAACAUAAUUUGCUUACUUCGUGUUAAAAAGGUAACGAUUGAUGUUGACCAUAGAUCGAUUUAGUCAGUUCUGAUAUCUAUACCCGAUCGGUUAUAUCCGAUAUUCGAACCAAUAACCCGAAGUACUCGUAUAUAUAUAGCUAACCUAAACUUUUAUCUUCCAUUCAUAUUCAUCUUUCCGUCUUUUCCUUCUUCAAUGUGAGGAAUCAAUUGCAGGUGAGUUCUCGUCAUCUCCAUCUUUUCCGUAUAUGUUCAAUGCAUGCUUAAACUCAUUUUAUGACCGAUUACAAGCAUGAAUCACUAUAUCACUAUAUUUUGCGAUUUUGAUUUAUGUUUGAUUAUAAGUAAGAUUUGCGAUUUUGUUUUUUCUUUGCUCUUUACACAUGCAUGAGCUCAAACAAUCAUGAUUAUCCAAUGUUUGAUUCUGUUUGAUUUUGAUUUAUGAAUAAAUGGAUUCUUUACUAUUUUCUAUUUAAAAUAAUACAAAUAUAAAUUCCACAAAGAAAAAAUAACAGGCUCGUGUUCAUUAAGGUAAUAACAAAUCAGAAAGAUUUUUUCUUUUUUGAUAAGUAAAAUCAGAAAGAUCAUAAAUCUUAUAUUAAGUUGUUCAAUAUUUUAACUUCAACAGUGUUGUUUAUAGUCUCAAAGGGUCAAAUCAAGGAUACCUAUAUUUUUUUAUUAUUUGUUACACAGUUCGGUUAUAUUCGAAAUAAUCUGAACCUAAACCUUAAAAUUCCAAACCGAUCCGAAGUAUAAAAUAACCCGAACGGAUUAUGUACCUCUCUACCCAAAAAUCCAAAAAUCUGAAUCGCCUGAUCCGAAUCCGAACUAGUACCCAAAUGCCUAAUCCUGAGUGAUAAUAAGAUGUUGAUUGAUAUGUUUGUCAAUUUUUAUUUUCGUUGAUUUGUUUAUUUUAAACAUGUUUUAUAUAAGUAGAUCAUCUUUUAUUAAGUUGAUUGAAUAAAAAUAUAAACCAACGGUUCCAAAAAGGUAACUUUAUUAAAACGUUAACACGAAAUUAUAUAAAUGGACAAAGGAAAAAAAACAGUUAACAUGAAUAUCAUGUAGAUUAAUAAGUAUAAACGUAUUAAUCGACAAUACGUUGUGAUGAAUUUAUCAAUCAAGAUAUAAGUCAACUAUUUUAAAAAAAAUUCAAAGAACAAUUUUAACAUAAAUCGACCAAAAUCAAAUAAGUCUAUGCCUAGAAAUAUAUAUAUAUCACAUUUCAACUAGUAAUUAAGUAACUGCCCUAGAUAUCGGUAUACCACCUUAUUAUAUAUGUAUAUAUAUAUAUAUAUAUAUGUGUGUAUAUUAUAAUAUAAUAUAGUAUAAUAUAUACUCGUGUUUUUGUAAAGCAUAUAUUACUCGUAUUUGCUUACAUAUGGUUUACGUAUCUGCUGACAAGUUAUAACAUGGAAUAAUAUGGGACGAAGAGCUUCUUCCACCCGAUAACAAUCCGUAAAUUUAGGAUUUUUUGUCUUUUUCUAUAAUAUAAUAUGUCACGGUUUGUUGAUAUUUAGAAAUUUUAGUUCUCAUGAAAAUAAUUUAAACAUCUGUCCUUAGAGCUGUCAAAUGGUCCGUCCAUGGCCCAAUUGGGCAUGACCAUUUGGACCAUUUCAGUUUUGGGCAGUAAUGGGUAGUUCAUAUUGGACAAUGGUCCAACAAAUGUCCAAGACCAAUAGAGACCAUGUCCAAAUGGGCAUGCCCAUGGACACCCAAUAAUAUUUAUAAUUAUUUUUUAAUUAUUAGUUUAGAUUUUAUUUUUAAAAUUUUGAAAUUAUGUUUACUUUCCAAAAUUAUAAAAGUAACUUUUUUUCUUAUCAAAACUGUAAAACUAUGUUUUCCUCUCAAAAUCGAAAAAGUUUCAUUUUUCCGCAAAAACCGAGAAAUCGCGUUUUUCUGCCAAAACCGAUAUUUUUUUAUUUUUCCGUCAAAACCGAGAAAUUACGUUUUUCUGUCAAAAUCAAAAAAAAUUACGUUUUCCUGCCAAACCCGAGAAAUUACAUUUUCC